AUGUCACAGCUAGAGAUGAAAACCCGUAGGAGCGGUGAGGGUAGCAAGGCAAUUGCUUGGAGAGGUUGCCGUGACCUGUUCGUGGUCAAUCUCCCUGUUGACUCCAGCGGGCUCCCCAAAAUACGAAAGUCACUAAUCACGAACCGUGGUGAGAUCGCUUGCCGCAUAAUCGCGACUUGUCGCAAGCUCAACGUCGUCUCUGUUGCAAUCUAUACCGUAGAGGAUGCCCAAUCACGCCAUGUCUCGGACGCUGACGAGUCCAUCUGUAUCGGCUCCCUCGAACACAGCAAAACAAACCCUUUCCUCUACAUUGAGCUCCUCGUCCAGGCAGCCGUCGAAACCGGCUGCGACGCCGUCCACCCUGGCUAUGGCUACCUGAGCGAGAAUGCCAGGUUUGCUGACCGCGUACGCGAGGCCGCUCUCAUCUUUGUCGGCCUACCCGGCUCAGCCAUCUUGACCCUAGGAGACAAGCGCAGCUCUAAAGAGGUCUUGCGCGCCAAGGCGCCCGAGGUGCCUAUGAUUCCCGGUUUCGCAGGCACGAGCCUAGAGGCUGAAGAUCUCGAGCGUGCAGCCGCCAAGAUUGGGUUCCCUGUGAUGCUCAAAGCGUCUGUCGGAGGCGGUGGCAAGGGAAUGCGCGUGGUGAGUGAGGCACCACAGCUCAUGUCGGAACUCGUCCGCGCGCAGUCUGAAGCCCAGCGGUCGUUUGGCUCCGCCGAUUGCAUCCUUGGAAAGUACAUUGAAAAUAAAGAACUGUCCGGAGUCACCACACAAGAUGAUCUAGAAGAAUCGUAA